AUGCCGAAUUCGCUAUUACUGAGACCGUACUGGGAGAACAAAGGUCAUCUUGCUGUCGUGGACGGACUACUACUGCAUGACGAGAGAAUAGUCAUCCCACGAGAGAUGAGAUUGGAGAUCCUCAACUCUAUCCAUCAAGGACACCUGGGGAUUACCAAGUGUCAAGCCCGAGCACGGAUGUCUUUAUGGUGGCCAGGUAUCACCUCGGCUAUUACAGAUCUGGUAACCAAGUGUUUCACAUGCGCCAAGCAUCGACCAGAGCCGAAAGAGCCUCUGAUGCCCUCUUCUUUCCCGACCCGUCCCUGGGAAAGAGUGGCAGUAGAUCUCUUUGACCUGAAAGGAAAGUCCCACAUGGUCAUAGUGGACUACUACUCAAGGUGGGUAGAAGUCAGGAAACUCACAAGUGAGUCCUCGGAAACCGCAAUCAGUGUCCUAAAAGAGAUAUUCUCAACUCAUGGCAUUCCCGAUCUUGCCGUAUCCGACAAUGGUCCCCAGUUUGCAAGUAAUUUAUAUGAACAGUUCGCAAAGGACUAUGGGUUUACUCAUGUAACAAGCUCCCCACUCUACCCAAGAGCCAAUGGUGAAGUAGAACGCGCGGUUCGAACGGUCAAGGAAAUCCUGCCCCAUACUUAG